AUGUGUCCCUGCGCUCGCAACAAGGAGGUGUGGGUCUCUGUUUCCAGUGUUUGCAUCUAUUCGGAGGAAACAAGCGAUAGGCUGCCUUUGGAUGCGAACGUGCAAUCAUGUCACGAGCGCCGGACUGUGCAACGGGAGCAUCUGAAUAAUCCAUACAGGCGAUAACCGGACUCUACAGGAAUAAAGCAAUGGGUGGCCAGAUAACGCGAAAUGCCUUUUACGACUCCCUCGGUGGCCCAUUCCCAUCCACGUCACACCGAUGCCACCACAAACCCAAGAGGUGCCUGCCUAUCCAGUAUGGCAGCAUGGGCGGGCCCUUUCCCAUCAGCCCACUCCUCUUCCACCCAAACGCUAAGGGAUCCCAAAUCGUCAUGGACCUUGCACAGAAGAUAGUCAAGAGGCAGGCCAGUUUCUGCAAUGCCAUCACCUUCAGCAACAGGCCCAUAGCGCUCUAUGAGCAAGUCCGCCUCAAGAUAACUAAAAAGCAGUGUUGCUGGAGCGGGGCUCUCCGUCUGGGCUUCACCGCCAAAGACCCCUCCAGGAUAAACCCUGACAACCUGCCCAAGUAUGCCUGCCCUGACUUGGUGUCUCAGAGUGGCUUCUGGGCUAAGGCCUUGCCUGAAGAGUUUGCCAACGAGGGCAAUGUUAUCGCCUUUUGGGUCGACAAGAAAGGCAGAGUCUUCUACCGCAUUAACGAGUCCAGUCCCAUGCUGUUCUUCAGUGGAGUCCGCACAGCUGAGCCCCUCUGGGCCCUCAUUGAUGUUUACGGUCUGACCCGCGGAGUGCAGCUGCUAGACAGCGAGAUUGUUCCUCCUGACUGCCUGCGCCCACGCUCCUUCACCACAGUGCGCUCCUCCUCCCUCCGCCGUGAAGCUGACGACUCCCGUCUGUCGGUCAGCCUGUGUGACCUCAACCUGCAGCAGGAGGACGGACGUAACGUCCACAAUCACUCCCACCGCCACACUCUUCACCUGGCCUCAGCCUCCUCAUCCUCCACCUGCCCCAUCCCUCAGAACUCCAUCAACUCCCAGCAGUCCUCUCUGCUGCCAUCUGCCCUGGAGAGCGACCUCCACUUCCACCAGCUGCGCGGCGCCCACAUUAAGACGCUGGAUGAGCAGACGGUGGCACGAUCUGAGCAUGCACGAGAGGAACGCACUCUGGUCUUCACCAACCGGCCCCUGCGCACUGGAGAGACCGUCUUUAUCAAAGUAACCAAGUCCAGCCCGGCACGCUCGGGGUCAUUGUCCUACGGUGUGACGUCCUGUGACCCGGCAGUGCUGCGCCCAAGCGACUUGCCCUACAAUCCAGAGGCCCUGGUGGACAGAAAGGAGUUCUGGGCGGUGUGUCGGGUGCCGACACCUCUCCAGAGCAGUGACAUCCUGGGAUUCUUGGUCAACCAGGAAGGAGAGGUCAUUCUCAGCCACAACGGCACCAAUGUGGGUAUGCAGGUGUGUGUGGACAACUCCCGCCCGCUCUGGAUGUUCUUUGGUCUACAUGGGGCUGUAACUCAGCUGAGGAUUCUGGGUUCCACUCAUCUCGGAGAUCCGCGGGCGACAUCGAACCCCAGCUCGCCCUCCUCCUCCCCGCACACCCCCAGCGCCCUGGGCAGCGGCAGCUCUGAUCCGGUGCUCAAUGGAGGCCUGUGCUCUGCUGCUUACUGCAGCUCAGCAGGGGGAACAACCCCAAAUUCACCAGUCAGCCUCCCCAAGUCACCUACGUUCCCAUCAGGCCGCGGGCCGUGGUCCGACGAAUGCUCCAUCUGUUAUGAGAACACGGUGGACACAGUCAUCUACGCCUGUGGACACAUGUGUCUGUGCUACACCUGUGGCCUCAAGCUCAAGAAGAUGUCCAACGCCUGCUGUCCCAUCUGCAGAAGGCAGAUCAAAGACAUUAUCAAGACCUACAGGAGCACGUAAGGAGAUGACCACUGACGAACAUACGGCCUCCCUAAAAAUCCCAGA